UUUUAUAUUCAACAAACUUUCAACUCUUUCUUUCCUUCUCUCCUGUCCAUUCCAAAUCCAAUCUCUUCCCGGUUUAUCUCCGCUCCCUGGAUCUUUGCCAACCUAAGCAUGGGGACUGAGAUAUCGGAGCCGUUGCUUCUGCCCGAUUCUAGCAAAAUCCAGGCCGUCGACUCCGAGCGGAUCCCUGAUUGGAAGGAGCAGAUCACGAUUAGAGGCCUCGUCGUUAGCGCCCUGUUGGGUAUACUCUUCUGCAUCAUUACCCACAAGCUCAAUCUCACCGUUGGCAUUAUCCCCUCGUUGAAUGUCGCUGCUGGGUUGCUUGGGUUCUUCUUUGUCAAGUCAUGGGUUGGAUUUUUAUCCAGUUUGGGUUUUACAAUUGCUCCCUUUACCAAACAGGAGAACACCGUUAUCCAGACCUGCGUCGUCGCUUGCUAUGGCCUCGCUUUUAGCGGAGGAUUUGGGUCUUAUUUGAUCGCAAUGGACGAGAAAACUUAUCAAUUGAUAGGUCCUGAUUAUCCUGGUAACAGGGCAGAGGAUGUUAAGAACCCAGGAUUGGCCUGGAUGAUUGGUUUCAUGUUUGUUGUCAGCUUCCUUGGACUUUUUAGUCUUGUUCCCCUUCGCAAGGUUAUGGUUAUGGAUUAUAAGCUUACGUAUCCUAGUGGGACAGCUACAGCAAUGUUGAUAAAUAGCUUUCACACAAACACAGGAGCUGAGCUUGCAGGGAAGCAAGUCUCGUGCCUUGGAAAGUACUUGAGCAUAAGUUUGGCUUGGAGCUGCUUCAAGUGGUUCUUCAGUGGUGUUGGGGAUUCAUGUGGCUUUGAUAAUUUCCCCAGUUUUGGUUUGACACUAUUCAAAAACACGUUUUAUUUUGACUUCAGUCCAACUUAUGUUGGAUGUGGUCUUAUUUGCCCUCACAUAGUCAACUCCUCAGUUCUUCUAGGGGCUAUCAUCUCGUGGGGCUUUUUGUGGCCCUUCAUCUCCCAACAUGCCGGGGACUGGUAUCCAGCUGACCUGGGUAGUAAUGAUUUUAAGGGUCUUUAUGGAUAUAAGGUAUUUAUAGCCAUUUCCCUUAUCCUUGGGGAUGGCCUUUACAAUUUGAUCAAGAUAAUUGCAAUAACUAUUAGGGAAAUAUGCAAUGAAAGCACCAAGGAGAAUCACCUUCCUAUUGUCAGGGAAGUUCAAGAUGGUGAAACUUCCAAAUUGCUGCUGGAACAGAGAAAGCGAGAUGAGGUGUUUCUGAAAGAUAGAAUACCUACCUGGUUUGCAGCUUCUGGAUAUGUGGGUCUGGCUGCAAUAUCAACAGCAACAAUUCCAAUCAUUUUUCCACCCCUCAAGUGGUAUUUGGUUCUCAGUUCAUAUAUUAUUGCUCCUGCCCUUGCCUUUUGUAAUUCCUAUGGCACUGGGCUAACAGACUGGAGCUUGGCAUCAACCUACGGAAAAAUUGGUCUUUUCAUCAUUGCUUCAAUGGUUGGAAGUAAUGGUGGAGUUGUAGCUGGCUUAGCAGCGUGUGGGGUGAUGAUGUCCAUCGUCUCCACUGCAGCGGAUCUCAUGCAGGAUUUCAAGACUGGUUACCUCACUCUAUCGUCAGCCAAAUCUAUGUUUGUGAGCCAGUUGGUAGGCACAGCCAUGGGUUGUGUUAUAGCCCCAUUGACGUUUUGGAUGUUUUGGACUGCUUUCGAUAUUGGAGCACCUGAUGGUCCAUACAAAGCUCCAUAUGCAGUGAUAUUCAGGGAGAUGGCCAUAUUAGGUAUCCAGGGCUUCUCCGAGCUACCCAAACAUUGCCUGGCCAUGUGUUGUGGGUUCUUCGUAGCUGCUUUGGUUAUAAAUCUUCUGAGAGAUGUAACUCCUAAGAAAAUCUCACAGUUUAUUCCUAUUCCAAUGGCUAUGGCCGUCCCGUUUUAUAUUGGAGCUUACUUUGCAAUAGAUAUGUUUGUGGGGACAGUUAUAUUGUUCAUCUGGGAGAGAAUAAAUCGGAAGGAUGCAGAGGAUUACGCCGGCGCAGUUGCAUCCGGUUUGAUAUGUGGAGAUGGGAUCUGGACAAUACCAUCAGCAGUCCUCUCUAUUUUCAGGAUCAAUCCACCCAUUUGUAUGUACUUUGGGCCUGCUUCAGGUAGAUGAGCAGGGUGGCUGUUGGAUGUAUUGUAACUUGUAAAUAUGCUUUAUAUAAUUUUAUUUGAACCGAUUGUAUUAUAUAUGUUAUUUGAAGUUGCAGUGUUCAUUGGAUUCUUUAAA